AGAAUGCUUUGCGGCUGCCGUAAAACCCACGUGUAGCCCAGGAAGUCUGUGUGGAGCAGUGUUUGGUGUGAUCAAACAGUGAAAGGUCCAUUGAAAAUACGAGGGUGGAGAUUUGUGCAAAAUGGCAAAAAGCUUACGGAGCAAGUGGAAGAGGAAGAUGCGAGCUGAGAAGAGGAAGAAGAAUGCCCCCAAGGAGCUGGCUCGUCUCAAAACUGCUUUGGCUUUAGAUGGCAAGGGGGACAUUUCCAUGGAAGAUGUGAAGGAGAUCGCAACUGUAGUGCCAGCUGCAAAGCUGAAGGAGAAAGCGAAAGAUGCAGCGAUGGAAGGAGAAGACGGGGGCGCUACUCAGAUGGACACAGACAGCAAACGAAGCAAAAAAACUCAGCUGGACGAGCACGGGCAGUACCCCAUAUGGAUGAACCCGAGACAGAGAAAGAGGCUGAAACAGAAACGCGGGAACCAGGGCAAAGCAAAGCAGCAAAAGAAAUUGGCUUGGUAGAUUGAUUCUUUGAAAGUGAAGAAAUCUGUGAGCUGUAUAUUGUGUUAUAUAUGCGUGGAGCGUUAGUGGUGAUGAUCGUGCCUUUGUAAAAUGGAAGGAGCAUAGAAAGAUGAUUUGAUUUUCUUUAAAUGGCUCAAUUGAAUAUUGGAUUUCUGUAAAGAUAAUUGUGAAUGUUGUUUAUACAUCACAACACUUUGCACGUGUUUUUUCAUGGGGAAAAAAAAAUAACGUUUUCUUUUUUUAUAAAGGAAGUAUGGUAUGCAUUUCAAUGGGAUGUAUUACAAUGAUGGCAAUAAGACUCCCAUUGCAUAGCAGUUUGACCCAUUCAUAGCUUUACAAUUGAGUAUAAUAAGACAUAUCUGAACUUGGUAAGCUGUACAUUGUGGCAAAUUAGGCUCCUAGUAAAACCUGGAAUGGGUGUAACUGUGCAAUAGGAGUCUUAUUUCCUUCCCUGCAUUAGUUAGAUAUCCUGCUUUGUUAAUAGAAAGGUGUAUGCCCAAAGCGAUUUUUAAUCAGGAUCUAGACUUUCUUUUUCCUGUUUUAUGUUAUCCGGAAUAUUAAUUGUUAAUUUGACAAAUGAUUUGGACUUGCUUGCUUGGUCGUGGAGAAUGAAUGGUGUAGACAAGAUUAAAAGUCUUUAUGCUGAACAAAGGGUCUGAUACACCUUGUGACUCUCCAUAGGCGUUUGUUAAAAUCUUCAUGUGAUAUAAUGACUUGUAAACUUCAGUACAUUUUGAAAUAAAUGUAUUGCUCAAUG